UUGUGUACUAAGUUAACUAUAUUAAAAUAAGUAUUUCAGAUAUGGCUGCAUCUAGUUUAUUGCAACACGAAGAAGAAGAUACAGAUGAUGGAGGGCCAAUACUUGUAAGUAAGUUAGAACAGCAUGGAAUUAGUGCCAGUGAUAUAAAAAAAUUGUCUGAAGCUGGGUUUUAUACAGUUGAAUCAUUGGCUUAUACACCUAAAAAAACACUUCUUGCUGUAAAAGGUAUCAGUGAAGCUAAAGCUGACAAAAUAUUAAGUGAAGUAAUAAAACUUGUUCCAAUGGGAUUCACAACAGCAACAGAAUUCCACCAAAAGCGUUCAGAAAUAAUCCAGAUAUCUAGUGGUUCUAAAGAAUUAGAUAAACUAUUACAAGGUGGGUUUGAAACUGGCUCAAUUACUGAAAUAUUUGGUGAAUUUCGAACAGGAAAAACACAACUCUGUCAUCAACUCUGUGUCACUUGUCAAUUACCUGUUGACUGUGGUGGUGCUGAAGGUAAAGCAAUGUAUGUUGAUACUGAAGGUACAUUUAGACCUGAACGUUGUUUAGCAGUUGCUGAACGCUAUGGUUUAAAUGGUCAAGAAGUUCUUGAUAAUGUUGCAUACGCACGAGCAUAUAAUUCAGAUCAUCAAACACAACUUCUUAUUCAUGCUUCUGCAAUGAUGUCAGAAGCUCGUUAUGCUCUUCUGAUUGUCGAUAGUGCAACAGCACUUUAUCGAACAGACUAUUCUGGGCGUGGUGAGUUAUCUGCAAGACAAAUGCACCUUGCAAGGUUUUUGCGUACUUUGCUCAGACUUGCAGAUGAAUUUGGUGUUGCAGUAGUUAUAACAAAUCAAGUAGUUGCACAAGUUGAUGGUGCAUCAAUGUUUCAAACUGAUCCAAAAAAACCUAUUGGUGGAAAUAUAAUGGCCCAUGCAUCUACCACCAGACUAUCUUUAAGAAAAGGAAGAGGUGAAACAAGAAUUUGCAAAAUAUAUGAUUCACCUUGUUUACCUGAAUCAGAAGCAAUGUUUACAAUAAAUCCUGAUGGCAUUGGUGAUGCAAAAGAAUAAUUUAUUCAAGAUAUUCAAUAAGAUAUUCAAUUGAAUUUCCUCUGAUUUU